ACUGCCAACGGCAGCAGAUAUUUCCUUCACUAGUCGCGAAGAUUUCACAGCGUUUGGGCGUGAGUUUCGUAUCUGCUCUGGCAAUCUGCAACAAUCUUUAAAUGCGGGCUCAAUUAAUUUGUAAAAAAUAAUAGAACUGGAGAAACGCGUUGCACAGUUCUGACCCAAAAGCCACAAAAUCAAGUCAAAAGAACUCUUCAAAACAAAAAACUAAACUCCAACUGCAAUUUCCAUUGCUCUCUGUGUAGGUGCGAAUAUCUUUGUAUCUCUGUGUGUGUAUUGGUGCGUGAGCAAAUUAUUGUAUAAUCGCCAAAAACAAAAUUUAAGAAAAAUAAAAAUAAAAGUCUUGAGACGCCAACGCCAACGCCAUUGCCACUACCACUGCCACUGCCCAUAAAAAGCAAGAACAACAAAAUUAAAAACAAUUUCGGAGAAUAAAUGUAAAACAUCUGGAACUACUGGACUAAUUGCAAUAAAAUCUAAACACACCUGCGGAUAUAUCGAAAAUAUCUAAAUACCUUGAGGUCCGUAACAAACUACACAUAACAGCCAUGCAAGCCAUCAAGUGUGUGGUCGUCGGAGACGGAGCGGUGGGUAAGACCUGCCUGCUGAUCAGUUACACGACCAACGCCUUUCCCGGAGAGUACAUACCCACUGUGUUCGAUAACUACUCGGCCAACGUGAUGGUGGAUGCCAAGCCCAUCAAUCUGGGCCUCUGGGAUACCGCCGGCCAGGAGGACUACGACAGGCUGCGACCUCUCUCCUAUCCCCAGACGGAUGUCUUCCUCAUCUGCUUCUCGCUGGUGAAUCCGGCCUCCUUCGAGAACGUCCGGGCCAAGUGGUUCCCCGAGGUGCGUCACCACUGUCCCAGUGUCCCGAUCAUCCUGGUCGGCACUAAGUUGGAUCUGCGCGACGACAAGGCCACGAUCGAGAAGCUGAAGGACAAGAAGCUCACCCCCAUCACCUAUCCCCAGGGACUGGCGAUGGCCAAGGAGAUCGCCGCCGUCAAGUAUCUGGAGUGCUCGGCGCUGACCCAGAAGGGCCUCAAGACGGUGUUCGAUGAGGCCAUCAGAUCGGUAUUGUGUCCGGUGGUCCGCAGCCCCCGGAGGCACAAGUGCACUUUGCUCUAAGACCUGACCUCUGACCCGAAAGCCGAAAGCCAAGCAAGAAGAUCAUUUAACGCUGGAGAACAAAGCGCAAAAAUGUCGAUUCUGUGCGAAAAAAUUUCAUAUUCAUUCGCUUUGUUGGACUUACAGUUAUGAUUAGUGUGAGCGGGAGAGUGUGUGUGUGUGCGUAAGUGUAUGAGUGUGUGAGUGUUUGAGUGACUGGGUGUGUGUGUGAGUGGGGGUAUGAGUGUGAAUGAGGGAGCGUAUUUUUGUUUUUAUUGUCAGCUUUAUGUGGGGGAGCAGCUUACAGCAGCAGCAG